ACAUGGAGCCGGACAUGGAGGACAAAACGUUAGAGCUCAUGAACACGUCAGGUAUGGACUCCCAUACUGGAGAGAUUUCCCCAAAGACCACCACAGUAUUUAAGACCAGGAACUAACUUGCUGUUGGAAAUUAGUGUUUACAUAUCCACGAACAGCAAAAGACAACGUGAUGCAACGUGAUGCACAGCAGUGAAGGCUGGAUACUGACUAGCAACUAUCUACUGUUAUCUAAAACCAACACCACAUGGAUCACUAACGGCCCCCUGUCGGGCUCCAGAAAGCGGCCGUCAGAGGGCAACUACGAGAAGGAGAAGGACGUGUGCAUCCAGCUGUUUGACCAGUGGUCCGAGGCCGACCAGGUGGAGUUUGUGGAGCACCUGAUAUCACGCAUGUGUCACUAUCAGCACGGCCACAUCAACUCGUACCUCAAACCCAUGCUCCAGAGAGACUUUAUCACGGCACUGCCAGCUCAGGGUCUAGACCACAUAGCGGAGAACAUCCUGUCCUUCUUGGAUGCGCGCUCAUUGUGUUCGGCUGAGCUGGUGUGUAAGGAGUGGCAGCGUGUCAUUUCGGAGGGCAUGCUGUGGAAAAAGCUGAUAGAGCGCAUGGUGCGAACCGACCCGCUUUGGAAAGGUCUCUCCGAGAGACACCAGUGGGAGAAGUACUUAUUCAAGAACCGCACUACAGAAGUCCCACCGAACUCCUACUACCGAUCUCUGUACCCCAAAAUCAUUCAGGACAUCGAGACCAUUGAGGCAAACUGGCGCUGUGGACGGCACAACCUUCAGAGGAUCCAAUGCAGGUCUGAGAACAGUAAAGGAGUCUACUGCCUCCAGUACGACGACGACAAGAUCAUCAGCGGCCUCAGAGACAACUCCAUCAAGAUUUGGGAUAAGCAGUCUUUGGAGUGUUUGAAGAUUCUGACGGGACACACAGGGUCAGUGCUAUGUCUGCAGUACGACGAGCGAGUCAUCGUUACCGGUUCCUCAGACUCCACUGUUAGGGUAUGGGACGUGAACUCGGGUGAGGUGCUGAACACUCUGAUCCACCACAACGAGGCCGUGCUGCAUCUGCGCUUCUGUAACGGCCUGAUGGUGACCUGCUCCAAAGACCGCUCCAUCGCCGUGUGGGACAUGGCUUCGCCGACUGACAUCAGCCUGCGCCGUGUGCUCGUGGGUCACAGGGCCGCCGUCAACGUGGUCGACUUCGACGACAAGUACAUCGUCUCAGCCUCUGGGGACCGUACCAUUAAGGUGUGGAGCACGAGUACCUGCGAGUUUGUACGCACUCUGAACGGCCACAAGCGAGGAAUUGCCUGCCUUCAGUACAGAGACCGACUCGUGGUUAGCGGCUCAUCGGACAACACCAUCAGGCUAUGGGAUAUCGAGUGUGGCGCCUGUUUGCGAGUUUUGGAAGGGCACGAGGAGCUGGUGCGCUGCAUUCGCUUUGACAACAAGAGGAUCGUCAGUGGUGCUUAUGACGGAAAAAUUAAGGUAUGGGACCUGCAGGCUGCCUUGGAUCCACGGGCUCCAGCCAGCACCCUGUGUCUGCGAACACUGGUGGAGCACUCGGGCCGUGUGUUCCGGUUGCAGUUUGACGAGUUCCAGAUCAUCAGCAGUUCCCAUGACGACACCAUUCUCAUCUGGGACUUCUUGAAUGUGUCAAGUAACGGACAAAUGGAAGGGCGGUCGCCAUCGCGCACAUAUACGUACAUAUCCAGAUAGCAGGGUGGCCCUGGAAACGCGGAGUAUGUGAGUGUGUGUGCGCGGGACUGUCCUGAUGACCGAGUCUCUGUGGUUGUGUGCCAGGAUCAGAGGUCGAGGAACGCCACCCCUGUCCUCCCCUCAUCCUCCUCUCUAUCCCAACCUUCACCCCCCUUUUUUUUUUUAUUUAAUUUUUUUUUUUUUAUUUGAGCCCCUCUUGAACACAAACACACACCCAUACACACUCACACGUGCGGAAACACACAAAUGCACAACGAGCUCCCUUUCUGCUGAGGAGGAGAUUGAGAUGCCGUUAAGGACGAGCUUUUAACUCCGCUCAGAUAUCCGGCCUGACCGCUGCCCUAGCCCCGCCUCCGGGCCCAAGGACUAUUUAUCUCUUGGUAUUUUUAUUUCUCAUGUUUUUGUGGAAAAAAAAAAAACAAGAAAAAAUGAAAAACGGAAAAUGGAAGUGAAUCUUCUGUGAGGACUGUGGGUUUUUUCUUUUUUUUUUUUCCUUUUUUUUGCAUGAAUGAAUGAUGGGACUGUAAAAGACAGUCAAGCCCUAUUUUCCUCUAUUGCUUUUUUUAUUGUAAUUUUCCCUUCUUUUUUUAUUUGGGAGAUCAUCUUUUUUUGUUUUUGCUUCCUUUGUGAUGUACUAAUCCCUGUAGUUUUCUUCUUUUUUUGAAUUCCUCUCCAGUCUGUUCCCCUUCCACGUCCUUUUCUUAGCUCUAGCUUUAUCUCUCUUCCUCUCUUUCUUAUUCCGUCUUGGUCCCUUUCGCUGUCUGCUCGUCUAGGUUCCGAAUGACCCCUAACUGAUCGCGGUUUAGUUGUAAACAGAAAUGUCUUGUCUAAAAUGGUGUUGUAUAUUGAAAAGAUUUUUUAAAGGAAAAAAACAUUAUUAUUAUUAUUAAUAAGAAUAAAGUACUUGACUGUGAAGGAGUGUUAACAAA